GGACGGAUAUGAGAGAGGUUGGAUUGGACUAGUGAAAGAAGGAUUUGUAAAGCUAAGAACAUGUGUUUUGGAAGGUGUGCUAGAUGUAUUGGCUAUAAGUUGCUUGUCCUUGCCUUGCUCAGCAUCGUGGCCAACAUUUUACUUUAUUUUCCCAAUGGCGAAACAAGAUUUGCUUCAGAGCAUCAUCUUGGCAAAUACGUGGAGUGCCUUCAUGGUAUUCUAGGUGGUGGCUUUUUGGUGCUCAUCUCAGCUGCAGUGUUCAUUGGACUUCACAGUGACGAUGGCCAUGGGUGCUUUGGCCAUGAGGACUGCGGGAAGAGCUGUGCGAUGCUGUCCUCAGUUCUGGCAGCCCUUAUUGGGAUCCUUGGUUCUGGAUACUGUAUAAUCAUUUCAGCACUGGGCUUGUCUCAUGGGCCGUAUUGCUUUACUCGCCUGGAGAGAAACUGGAUGUAUCCUUUCACCGAAUCCUCUGGAGGGUACUUGUUUGAGUAUAACAAGUGGUCUGCCUGUCAGGAACCUCACAACAUCGUGCAGUGGAAUGUCACCCUCUUUUCUAUUCUCCUUGUCUUGGGAGCAAUAGAGUUCAUUCUGUGCUUCAUACAGAUAAUCAACGGCAUUCUUGGAGGAGUGUGUGGGCUGUGCUGCAGCCACGAGGAGACAUACGUUUGCUAGAAACCUGACAAUGCAUUGACAUCGGGGCACCUGUGGUGUGUGGGUUUUUUUAUAUUCCAUGCAUACUAAAAUGCACACUGUUUGUUGUCAGACUGUGCUGUUGCCAUCAAUUUAACUGACUCGGGGCCAGCCUUUGUUGGAGUCAUAUGCAGGUUUUCCUCUAACGAGCCUGUAUCUAAGGGGCAAAAUGUAUUCUGAAUUUCUUUGGUUCAUUUCAUCUUAGUAUGGGAAUGGCCUGAACAUGUCAACUGAAGAUACCUUUUUUUUUCCUUUCUACUGACACAACAGCUCUGUACUUUAUGCUGUCUUCCCAAUAAAGUUGCACUUUCAUUCUGGUGUUGGAAUGAACACAAACCCAAUCUAGUCUGGCUGGGGUAUAAACGAAUACUCGGCUGGAACAAAAGCAAAGCAGCAGUAAAACUUGAAUGAUCGAGGGUAGAUACAUGCACUUCACCUUUUCAGGAUUUUUUGGAACAUCUGCUGUCUUUCACGAAUAAAGAUUUGUAUUAAAAUGCCCAGCAGGUGUCAGUGAUUCUUUCCUUGGCAAUGUGGAAACACUGCUUCCCUGGCCUUAGAGUAAGGGACCGUGGGGACAUGAGAAUAUGCAUGUAAAGCAGUCAUGUUAUAACCUCCUUUUCCUCUCCAGCAGGUUCUGUCAGAGUGGGAGCUGCUCCACUGUUUGGUUUGGAUCGUUUAGCCGAGCCAGGUGAUUGCGCAUCAGCAGGGGUAUGAUUGAUAGUUCAGUGGCAUCACUGGGGUCUGACAGUUCAGUGGCAGCUCUGACGGAUACAGCUGUGUGCGUGGAGUCCCAGCCCUGGCUCAGGGCUCGCAGUUCAUGGCUGGUGGCUCUUCAAGGGCUGGAGUUGAGUUGCCUGGCAGUUGAGCCACUGCUCUGUGUCCCUUCUGCUGCUCUCCCAAGGGGCCUCACUUCCUGACUGCUCAGUCUUGAGACAAGACACCCUGCAGGUCUGGGGCCUGUUUUGUACCUCAGCAGACCCCCAGGCCUGGCAGGGUUCAGACAAUAUAGUGCAAAUUCAAGUCAGCAGUGGCAGAUUAACCUGAAAUAUCUGACUUCACCAAUAAUCAGCCUGGAGACAGUAUUCUAAGGUCCUGUGCAAGAACCUCUGAAGUGUAGUUUGUAGCGUAUUACAGUGAAUGUUUUAUCACAAGAUAAAGUAAAUCUGAAUGAUAUGCUGUCAGCAGCACUGGCAAGGUCA